UUAUGUUUGGUUAAUGAAUAAUGUUCUGGAUUUGAAUAAACUUUUGAUAAACAUCUGUGUGUUCUCCUGUGCUAGUUUUAGCAUCCUACCACCUGCCUCACUUACUGUGCUUGAAAAGUCACUGCAUACGCUAUACUGCAUAGGUUAUACAACCUAUACUGCAUAGACUACUAUACGACGUAUAGCCUAAUAUAAAUCCACUGCACACAGGGUAUAUGCAUGUGGCUCAUCUGUGGCUGAGGUGCUUGCUGAUAACAUCCCUGAGACAGACCGGCACAAAAUGACAGCCUACUAGUGGUGCAGUGAUGUCAGGAUGCACUCAAUGAACUGGAUACACGUGGCCAGCUCUAGCAGCGAGGGGAUUGAUUUUAAAUGGGGGUCACCCGUUUCUCUGUGUCAUGUCACCUUGCGGGCGUGCGUUUGUCAGUGAUGUCCUUUUAAUCCUGGAAAGCUUUUGGAACAACUGCUUGACAACAUCUACUCCUAAUAAAAAACGAGACUGAUACACACAUAGACUGCCUUGUCAAGCAAGGACUAUCAAGAGGAAAAAAUCGAAGGUGGUCUGAAAGAAAUGCAUCAUUGUGCGUUGAAUAUGAACCAAAAUCGUUAAAUAGCACGAUUAAAUAGAACACAGGAAGUUCCGUCUCUAUAUUGUUCAUUUACGUGAUGGCGCAGUGUUACAGCUCUGCUUCAGCAGUACAUUUAGUCUCCAAGUCAGAGCACAGUCCAUUCAACCCAAAGGUGUUUGGGGCUAUCUCGCUGCUAUGUUGGCUACUCACCCGUGCGUUAUACUGACUCCAUGCACAUAAUCGAGAAAUUGUUACUAAUGAGACUUUUCGACAUUUAAACGCACAUAAAAUGAGCCCGAACAAUUAAUGUAACCUAGAAUAUAGACACGAGCACACAUAAACGUCAACUCAUUGUAUGAUUCUUAUUCCAAUCCAGAAGAUGGCGAUAUUGCGCCAUUCCGUAGAGUAACAACCAACAGUGGAGAAAGCGAACACAAAGUUUACACAUUGAAGAUGGCGGGAGUGUCACUGUAAACAUAUCUAACUUCAACGUAUGCAUUUGACUGUUCAACUCAAUACAGCGAUGUUUCGAUAGUUUGCAUAAUUCAGCAGUAACGUUUGUCAAAUGCAUUAAGCAUUGACGGUGGCAACUAGAAAUGCCAUUCAGAAUCUGACAAUGACUGACAGAACAUUACCAGAAUGGAUGUCAAACGUGCAAAACCCGGGAAAAAAGACAACAGAACAGACUGGUCCCUUCAAGAAAAAUGUCCUUGAACCUGAUUUACCUUUCCUGGAGUUUACAGGAACCGUCAUAUACAGUCAGGAGAAAAAUGACUGUUCAUUUCUGUCAGAGGAUUUAAGGUCAGGCCUUCCUCCUGGCUCUGCUAUAGGCUUCGAUCUGGAAUGGCCCCCGUCCUUCUCCAAGGGGAAGACCAAGAAGGUGGCCAUGGUCCAGAUGUGUGCCUCGGAGCAGAAGUGUUAUUUGUUUCACUUGUCUUCCAUGACAGGAUUUCCCCCUGGCUUGAAAAUGCUUUUGGAGGAUGAGACGAUCAAAAAGGUCGGUGUGGGAAUAGAAGGAGACAUGUGGAAGUUGCUGUCUGAUUUUGAUGUCAAACUGCGCAACUUUGUGGAGCUCUCUGAUCUGGCUAAUGAGAAGCUGAGGUGUAUGGAGAGGUGGAGUCUGGAUGGACUGGUCAAGCACCUUUUCAGGAAGCAGCUGUUGAAAGACAAGGAUGUCCGCUGUAGCCAGUGGGACGACUUUGAGCUGACGGAGGACCAGAGGAGAUACGCUGCCACAGAUGCUUAUGCCGGUCUGAUCAUUCAUCAAAAGCUCGAGAGCAUUGUUCACGGUGGGUGGAAGGUUCACAGGGAUCUUAAAAACAAGCUCUCUCAGCUGGCCAAGAAUAUCAGUGAUCUCACUGAUUGCAUUCCUGAAGAAGUGCCUUGCACAAGCAGGACUGACGAACUGAUAGAUGAAAUGUCCCAGAGACUUGAGUCCUUAAAAGAGGAGAUACUGGUGAACAACACAUCAGCUGAAGAUGUCCAGGCCAAGCCUGAGCCAAAUCCCACCGCAAUCCUGCCUCCUGAUUCCCCCAACACGCACAGAACCACUUCCCCCACCUUGGGACGGUCCCCACCUGAAGAACGUCACGGUGGGACUGACAGAGUCAGUAUGAGAGACCCAAUACAUAUUGGGGACCAUAGCAAGGCGAACGACUCAAAAAGUGCCUCUAAAGAUGACAUCAUGUCCUUGGAUAUCUCAGAGUAUGAACUGCAGAUGAUGGAGAUGCAGGCCAGACGAGAGGAGUUGGAAGAGCAGUCUACUCUGGAUUUCAAGAGAACAGCACUGAACAGGUCCUCUGACUUGUCCUGCGAGGUCGAGAGUGAUGAAGAGUUUGAAAAUGAAAUGCUUCAGUGUGUGGAGGAAGUAGAGAAGCUAGAUAAUGGAAGCACUGUGGUUUGCCAUGGUCAGAAACAAUCACAGGCAGACUCCGUAACCAUAGAGGAAGAGGAAGAUAUUGAAGAGGAAGAAGAGGAGGAGGGAUUUGAUCCAGAGUUUCCACAGCCCACCCCUGAGCAAAUUAAAUGUCUGAAGAUGUAUUUUGGACAUCACAGUUUCAAACCGGUUCAAUGGAAAGUGAUCCAUUCUGUUCUCAGCGAGAGAAGAGAUAAUCUCGUUGUCAUGGCAACUGGUUAUGGGAAGAGUCUGUGCUUCCAGUUCCCCCCGGUGCUGUGUGGGAACAUCAGUGUGGUCAUCUCCCCCCUCAUCUCUCUCAUGGAGGACCAGGUGCUACAGCUCGAAAUGUCCAACAUUCCAGCUUGUUUUCUUGGAUCAGCCCAGACCAAAAACGUUACUGCUGACUUGAAAAAGGGCCUCUUCCGAGUGGUGUACAUGACUCCGGAGUUCUGUUCAGUCAACAUUCCACUCCUAGAACACCUCAACAACACAGUUGGCCUUUCGCUGAUAGCCAUCGAUGAAGCCCAUUGCAUUUCUCAGUGGGGACAUGACUUCAGAAAUGCUUACAGGGACCUGGGGAAGCUCAAGAACACUCUGCACCAUGUUCCCAUAGUGGCUCUCACUGCCACAGCCAGCCCUUCUAUACGUGAGGACAUCGUCAAGAGUCUCCACCUGAAGGACCCCUUGAUCACCUGUACCUCUUUCGACCGGCCCAACCUUUACCUGGACGUGAACCGCAAGUCCAGCAACAUCUACCAGGACUUCAAGCACUUACUCAAUAAGAAGAAAAGUGGUGGCUAUGAGUUUGAAGGCCCUGUCAUCGUGUACUGCCCCGCCAAGAAGGAGACCGAGCGGGUGGCGGAAGCCCUCUCGAAGCUGGAGAUCCGCUGUGGCGUCUACCACGCCGGGCUCCAGAUCAAACAGAGGAGGGAAACGCAUCACCGCUUCGUGAGGGAUGAGAUCCAGUGUGUUGUCGCCACCGUGGCUUUUGGCAUGGGCAUUAACAAGCCCGACAUCCGCAAAGUCAUCCACUACGGGGCGCCUAAAGAGAUGGAGUCCUACUACCAAGAGAUCGGGAGGGCAGGAAGGGACGGCCUGCCGGCCGCUUGUCACGUGCUGUGGGCGCCUCAGGACAUGGCCUUGAACAGAUUUCUGCUAAACCAGACCAACAGUGAUAAAAUGAGGACUUAUAAAAUGCAGAUGAUGGGCAAGAUGGAGAAGUAUCUGAACUCUACCAGAUGUAGAAGAAAGCUGAUUCUGUCCCACUUUGAGGACAAGCAGCUGCGGAAGGUUACCUCAGGGAUCUUGGGGACCAGCAAGUGCUGUGACAACUGCAAGUUUGGCUCUACCAGGUCCCUUCUCAGCCCCAGCAAAGCCCACUCAGACUCAGGCAUGCAGGACUUUGGUGAAGGCGCCUUCCAGUUACUGGGUGCCAUAGAUUCCCUUGGAGAGCGUUUCGGCGUGACCGUACCCAUCCUCUUUCUCCGAGGCUCUACCGCACAGAAAGUUCCGGAAAAGUACCGGCAUCUACCUCUGUUUGGCACGGGACGGAGUGUGCCUGAAACCUGGUGGAAAGCGCUGGGUCGUGCGCUAGUCCUGGAGGGCUACCUGGCAGAGUGCACCGGCCAAAGCAAGUUCACCACUCUCUGCAAACUCAGCCCCAAGGGCAGGUCAUGGUUCGGCAGCUCGAAGGUCGCCAGCCAGAGGACCCUCCUCCUUCAGCCCAACCAGGACCUGUAUGUCAGGGCCUCCGCCUCCAGACAAAAUAUUGAGACGACAAACAUUAGAAGCCAGGUCACCCUUGCAUCAGAAUCUCCUCAGAGAGGUGGCACAAUCACCAAGACCGUAUCCAGUCUGUCUGUUAGAAAGGUGGACAUGUCCUCCAGGAUGGCGUCUCCACCCGUGGCCCUGCCAGCACCCCAGCCUCCAUCGGUCUCUCCCAGAGAGCUGGAGCUUCAGACCAAGCUUUACGCUAAACUGGUUUCCGGGCGGCAGGAGCUGGCUAGUCUGAGGGAUAUCCCGCCUGCCAUACUUGCUACCAACAAGAUCCUCUUAGACAUAGCUAAGACCAGGCCUUGUACCUUGACCAGCCUGAAGCAGGUGGAUGGGGUGAGUGAAGCCAAGUCCAUCAUGCUGGAGCCCCUGCUGCAGACCAUCGUGCAGUUCUGCAAGACUCACGGUCUCCAGAUGAGCCUGUCGUCCACGGCAACAUCCUCCUGUCCUGCCCAGACUUGCCCGUCUGUGGGCAGCACUACGCCCAUGUCGAUGCUCCUCAGUGCGCUCGUCACCUACAGACUCUUUCAGCUGGAGGGCAAGACACUGAGGCAGGUGUGUGAUGCGCGCAGCCUGCCUCUGUCCGUGGUGGAGACCCACCUCCUGCAGGCCCUGAUGGCCAACCAUCAGCUGGACGUGGAGAGAGCCGGCCUGACGGCCAUCAUCCGCAGCACCAUCACCCGCAUCAUAACCUCCCCUCCGCUCAACUCAGACCUCAGCGACGUGAAGGCCAUCCGAGCCCGAGUGCCAGAGCACAUCAGCACCUUCCUGCUGCGCCUCACCGUCACCCUGCUGCAGAGGGAGGGAGUCCAACAGGGCACAGCCAGUGGCAGCCAGGCCUCGAGGAGUGAGCCUGCGUGGAUAGAGAAGCAGGACAAACCCAUCCAAGCCUCCAAGCCCCCACCUCCUCUGAGAGCAGCGUCCCCCCUGGCCCCCAGACCUGCGCCCCUCCUGGCCCCCAGACCUGAGCCCCAGCCUCCCCAGGCGUCCACUGUCCAGCCAGCCCUGGACGAGCUGGACGGCAGUGAAGAUGACCUCUUCAGCGAGAUGCCCAUGCCAGAGGAUGAGGUUGGGGUGAGCGACACCAGCGCUGCUCGUGGCAAGUCCUGUGCCGGAAAUGCCCCUGUAGUUGCCUCUCUAGUUGCCCCUCUAGCUGCCCCUCACACCUCCGCCAUGGAGUUAGCCUCCUGGAACCAGGAAGAGCUGGACACCGACACCCAGGAGCUGUUCGCCGACUCCCCACCGCAGCAGAAUGUGAGCCAGACAGCCAAGAGGAAGCUUCCUGAGUGGGCUGUUCCUCCACGGGCCUCCAUCUCUGGGGCCGCUUCGGCAAAGAAAAACAAACGGAAAAAAGGACUGUUCAUGUAAAGUCUUCCUGCUCACCAAAACCCGCCUCUUUAACAACACAACUCCUCUCCAUUCUUUCUUUGUUUUGCUGCUAAAAUACCUGAAGUAAUUGUGUAAAUAAUUCACUUUUGAUGCCAUUGUAAUACAUACAUAUGUACGUAUAUAUGUAUAUGUAUAUUGUCAUUGUAAAUGUUGACAAUGUUGUUGUUCAUUUACCCAGUGAUUCAUAAUGCCACAGACAAUCUGUAAAAUCUGAGUUAAUGUCACGCGCUGCAUUAAAGAGGACGAAAUGGCAUCUUGCCCCAUGUGUUCAUGUAAUCCCACGGAAGAUCAGUCCCUUGGCAGACACUAAUUUCAUUGGAGAUUAACUGAAAGCACUGGGAUUAUUUGUCACAGAUAGUGUGCUAUACUGGUGAGAAGGUCCCUGGAAGAGAAGAUGAAGACCUGGCAUACAUGCCAACUUGUGAAUGUGUUUAUGUCUCUUUGACAGCCUUUAACCAGUCUUAAGUGGGAUGUGUUUAUGUCUCUUUGACAGCCUUUAACUAGUCUUAAGUGGGAUGCGUUUAUGUCUCGUUGACAGCCUUUAACUAGUCUUAAGUGGGAUGCGGAGCUCAUUUUGUUUUGACGCAUAAUUUGCUGAGGAUGCCUCGGCCUGAUAAUGUAUUCUUGCACUGCAGCAUCCACACAAGCCUCUGCCUGUCUUGGCCUUUAAUCCUGGCUGGUGUCUGUGUGUGCACUGCAUACUUGUGAUGAGAGAGGAUAUGGAAUAUGUUCUCUAGUGAACUACACGAGGGCCGCCAAUCUCAAAGCUCUGACCCGGAGACUUCCAAAAUGGGCUUUGAAUGUUAGGAUGAUAUUUUUGUGACUCUUGACUGUUGUUAUUGGUCUACAUUGAAAUCAAAUACAUCUUUGUUAUUUAUAAAGCACCUUU